UAAAAAUAAAAAGAUGGCUCACGGAGGAAGAAAGCCUUCUCCCCAGAAGAGAGGGAAGUAUAAAGAUAGACAGAGGGACAGAUUCUGUAAGCAGACAACUUAUGGAGCAGAGUUUAAAACCGGUUCUCCUCAACAAACAAUGUAUAAUAAAGAGAUUGAUAACCAGAUUGUGUCUAAAUAUUCAAACAGGGUGCCUAAGUCUGCUCAUACCCGUUCUGUUGAUAGGACUAAGCAUAGAAGAGACCAGAAGAAAUAUAGAAAGCAUAACUCCAUUGAAAAGCAAGUUAGGCAUAGAUACGACUACGACAAUGCUUGUGUAUCCACUGGUAAAGCCUUUUACGUCCCAGAUAAGGUUACUGGAAGUCAAAUGGAGUAUCAUUACCAUCAUAUGGGGAGGCCAGGAAGAAGAUUAGUAGUAGACAGAGUCGUUAAAUAUAAAUAUCCCAGCCAUGUAGGUACAAAUUAUCAGAAGGAUUACGCUAAGUACAAUUCUCUAAAGGCUCCUGGAGGAAAGCAGUGAGGGGAGCCUUUCAAUGUAGAGAAGGAGCAUAAGAUCAUCAAUCCUCAUGAAGUUGAGAAAUUGACUAUUAAUAGAAUCGAUUAUCAACCGUUUAAGGUUCAACCACGUGAGCCUAAGAAAUUAAAGGCUCCUCCACAGUCUGAAUACAUUGGAGCUAAGAGUGCUUACCAAUCUGACUUUGCUAACUGGGGAGCUAAUGAAAUUAUUCAUGAGAAAGAGCCCCAAUAUCCUUAUUAUUCAUUGCCUUUUAAUGGAAACUCAAAUUAUGCUAAAACAUUUUGAGGAGGAAGUUCAGAUGGGAAAGUUGGAAGAGGAGCUCCUUUCGGGAUGGACACUAUUAAGAACAAACAUAAUCAGAAUGAUGGCUUUUCCCAACACGGAUAUAGCACCGGAUUUGGAGGAAGCUUUGGUGAAAGUCCUCAUGUAAAUGCUCAUAUGGCUAGUACUUCUCACCUCAGACCACUUCUUGGAGCUGAAGAAAACGGUUUUGAGACAACGAACCAAAGAAACUUCAAGGACUACCAAAUUCAUCACAGACCUCAGACCUGUAAACCAAAGGCAGACGUUGUUAGAACUGGAAAUAAUCCAAAGCAUUUCAAGACUAGCAAUAUGUGAGACUACAAAAAGAGAAGAUUCAAGCCACCAGCAGUUGACAUGAUUCCUUACCCUUAAGAAUUAUUUUCUUAUCCAAUUUAUCCUCUUAUU